UCCCACAUCAUUUCAAACUAAAGCAACUUAUUUUUACCAACUUAAAAACCAGUUUUUUUCUCUCUCUUUCUCUCUUCUAAGCUAAAGAAAGAAGAUGAAGAUGAGCAGUGCUACCAUGGGAGCUUCAAAGAGAAGGUUCUCAAGCAGAGGGCUAGGAGGUGUCCUUAGAGAGCAAAGGGCUAAGCUUUACAUUAUUAGGAGAUGUGUGGUCAUGCUUCUUUGUUGGCAUGAUUAAUUAACUUCUCCUCUUAGCCAUAGCAAUGGUGAAGAAAAUGAGGAUUUCUUUCUCUUCUCUUUUUUCCUCUUUUCUUUUGGUGGAUUGUAAAUAGAAGCGGCCGAUAAUUAAUAUAGAUAUCGGAGAGUACUUCAACAAUUUUUGUACCAGUUGGCCUUGUGGGCUAUAUAUAUAAACUAGAUAGCUUUGAAUUAAAACUUUGAUAUAUAUGUAUGGUUGCUGAUGUUCUUUAUUCUUUUUAACUCAUCAUCUUUUCUUGUAAUCAUUUUUCUCUCAUGGGAAUCAGUAUUCAUUGAUGGUUGCCUAGAAAAGCAAAAGCUUGACCAUGAAA